GGGUCCAAAGGUUACCAUAUGAUUAGAUACCGAUAUAUACACACUGACGUAAUACAGAGCGAUUCGCUGUCUUGGGCACAGUGUCCUUGCUUCACUGCUACUGCAUACUGGACAAGAUGCCUUUCACGAGAUCAAAGAUAGAAUCCAAGGAAGAAAGUGGAACAGAAAUUGUUUACGACCGCGUCAAAGAAGAUGAGUUGCCCAAAUUCUCUGACUUGAACAAUGAAGUGAUGGCCUUCGUGAACCGGUGCAGCUGGUGGGAGAAAUAUGGCGUGGAUUGGUGCAUCACUGGCAUGGGUUUCAUCAUGUCCUAUGUAGCGUUGAUCUGCAUGCAGUCAUCCAGCCCGCUGACAUUUUGCCUUGGGGUCUUCAUCUAUGGAUACUGUUACCAAAUGUUUGCUGUGCGUUGCGCGCACGCUAGUGUGCACAAUUCUCUGUGCGAGUUUCGCGCCGUAAAUCGCAUCUUGGGUUUCUUCUUUGGGGACUUCCUAUCGUCGUUUUCUUCUGAUGUUGGCUAUGACAUACAUAUUCGCGUACAUCAUCCUCACACCAACAUAAUUGGCCUUGGCGACUCCAGCAGCUGGAAGAUGUCUUUUCUACCAGCACUCUUUUAUAUGUAUUUCGCCCCCCUCCUGCUUCCACUAAUGUCUGUGCCUGUCUCUCUCAAAGAACUCUGGGGACAGUGGAAAAAAAUGGCUAGAUACGUCAUCCUCAUGCUGAUGGGAUAUUUUGUCAAUGUCGCACUGCUAAUGAAGAUUUCUGGGUUUUCUUUUACAGGAGCCUUACUGUGCAUACUUGUUUCGCGAGGUUUAUUGUCGAUACCUUACAUCCAUGUCAAUGUCUUUCAACAUAUUGGACUUCCCAUGUACUCGCGUGAUCACCGACCAAAGAAAAUAUAUUUAAUGUCCACGGGCGUGUUAAAUCUGCCCCGAAAUCCGAUACUGGACUUCACAUUUGGACAUGCAAUUAUUAGCGCUCAUGUGGAGCAUCAUCUGUUUCCUCACAUGUCCGACAACAUGUGUCUGAUGAUCAAGCCAAUCGUUUCUCGAUUUUUGAAGAAAAAUGGACUGCCGUAUAACGAGGAUAGUUACUUAAGCCGAAUGUGGCACUUCACCGUGAAAUACAAAGAGUUAAUGGUGAAUGCUCCCCCUAUAACUCAUUUUGUUGGAAUUCAGUGAACAAAUACAUAAACCAAGUUGUUACUUAUACAGGAGGCACUUGUUACUUAAGAAAGUUCUAAUUCAUUCAUGAACAAGUUCUGUGCAUCUUUGUAUAUGUACCUAAUCUGUAUCUUAAGCAAUUUCAAAUCUCCUGAAGGAAGUGGUUACACAAAAACGAAAAAACAAAAUCCAUAGAAAAAAGAUGUUUCUACACCUUGAAUCUUUUCAAAUCCAUCACAGUAUGUAAUUUCAAAGAAAUAUGCAAAUCCAGCUUUUAAACAAAAUGCAAAUGUAAGACUGAAAAUAAGGGAAACCCUAUAUAGUAAUAUAGAACACCAUGCUUAUAACAAAUGCAGGCUUAUUUUGAAGUGUUAUUUAUUCCCCAAUGAGUGGAAGAUAAAGAAAAUGUUAGUUUAUAACAAACUGACUUUCGCUGGCCCUGGAGAUUCGCUUUAACUGUUUUUUACUGUAUAUGAGAAGACUAUUACAAACAAUUGCAAAGAUUUCAAUAGUAUCGGUGCAUGCAUCCAUUGUAAGAAUGGUCAUCUCUCUUAACAUUAUUGAACAAUGCAUUCAGAAAAAGCUUUACAAAUGUCACUGUGAUAUCUUGUGUUUUUUUAUCAAUGUAUACUCUUCUGUUAAGUUUGAUUUAUAUUUCUUUGUUAUUUUUUUCUUGUGCGUUGUUUUUAAUUGGUUUGUUCUGUAGAGUUAGCUCUACAUCAUAUAUAUAAUUAUGCAAAGCCAUCACUGUUGUGCCAUUUGUGUAAUUUUUGUGAAUCAAAAACAGCAUGCCAUUUAUAUAUCUAUUCAGUUUGCCUGUAGGCUUUAAAUUGUUAACAGGAACUUUUAGAUGUGCAGUAAUGCAUAGGAUGUCAUUCUCUGUGUUGUCAAAUGUUGAAAGUAUUUACAGUAUGCAUCAUGUUGUACAGUAUAUUUUAACACUUAUGUUUGAAUAAUUCAGAGUGCUAAUUCUGUAUGCAAUGUGUCAUUUUAGAAAACAGUGAAGUGCUAAUUUUUUUAUGCAAUGUGGGCAAUCAAUUUUCCAGAGAUUCAAGCCACUUUAAUAUCUACAAUUGAUGUAUUGCACAUCAGUUUUUGCCAUGGCACAUGCAAGACAAUCAAUGUACGUCUUUAUAGUAUUGCUUUAUGAUGAACUUUUGAAUCCAUACUGUUUUCAAGUUUUAAAUAAAAGUUAUGUUGAAGACA